AUUAUUGUUUUCCUUUGGAAGUGUCAUGUUUUCUUGCAUUUUCAUGUUUAAUAUGUCCCUAUAUGGAUUGGUAUGCCUCAGGUAGAAAAAUAAAAUUGCCUUUUCCAAUGUUAUAGAAUUGAUGUCAUAAAGAAAUACUUAUUUGUGUGAAUGAGUCUGGAGUGUUGGUUUGGUGUGGUUCAUUGGCCUUGGUUCUAUUUGGAUACAGUAGUGUGGUCUUUGUAUAGUUUUCUUCAGUUGUAAUCUACACUAGUGUCAUUUACAAGUGUCUCAGUGGCCUAGGCUGAGAGUUUGUGGUGGCAGUUGUACAACUUUGCCAGGAGUGGGUUUGCUGGACUCUUUCUCAGUUUGGGGGCAUUUGCAUGUAUGUGGUGGGUCAACCACCUUGGGAUCUGAUCCUCUGGCAGAUGGAACUAUUAAUGUGCCCAGGAGCAUAGUCACAUGGUUGCCAGUGGGCCUGGGUGAAUACUUGCCAGGAGCAACUCACUGGUUUCUCAGGCCCAGGAGAUGCCUGGGAUGCAGGUGUAAGGCUGCUUGACCCCACCAGAGGUAUAGGAAUACAGUUGCUUGACUGGCUUAGGGCCAUGUCUGCUGAGAGGUUCCACAGGUACAGGGUUGUUUCUCAGGUGCAGGGUGUAGGCACAAGGCUAUUCAGCUGGCUUAUGGGCAUGCCCAUUAGGGGUGGCCUGUGAGGCUGUUUCUCGGGCCUGUGACACUGCUGCUUGGCUGGCCUAGGAACUUUUCAGCAGCAUAUGGCCCACUGGGCUGUUUUGUAGACCUGGGAAGUAGGCGCAGGGCUGCUCAGCUGGCCCAAAAGAGUGUCUGCCAGAGGCAACCCUCAGGGAUGAUGUGUAGGCCUAGGAUGUAAUGCUGCCCAGCCAGCUAGGGUAUGUGUCUGCUAGUGGCAGUUAGUGAGUAUACUUCUCAGGUUAGGGGCGUGGUCACACAAUUGAUUGGCUGGUCCUGGGGCAUGUCUAAUGGGGCUGUAGGGAGGCCACACUGUUUGUCAGGUUUUGGAUGUGAACACAAGACUGAUGUGAACACACAAUGGCCUGGAGGGCUACUUCUCAGACCCAGUCUGUGUUCACAGGGAUGCUUGGCCUCUCUGGGCAAGGUGUGUCUUCACCAUGGGUGGCCCAUAGGGCUGUCUCUCAGGUACAAGUCAUGGCUCAUGGCUGCUUGGCUGGGCUGGAGGCAUGCCUUCCAGGGGUAACCUUCUGGACUAUAUUCAGGCCCUGAUUGUAGAUGCAGGACCAUUGGGCAAGCCAGGGAUGUGUCUGCAGGAGGGAGGGGUACACAGUUGUGGGGCUGUUUCUCAGGUUCUCGAGUGUGGGUACAUAGCUGCUCUGCAAGCCCAAGGGAUGUGUCAGCUGCUUGGAUCCUCAGGGACCUCUCCUUCUUGGGAGGGAGCCACACAGUGGUUUGGUCACCUCAAGUGAGAGUUUGCCCUGGGUGGGACUGCCAGAUUGGCCCUCUGACUAGAAGUGUGGCAGUAAGGGCCUGGUUUCCCUGCUGUGUAGGACCAGAGUCAUAGCCAAUUAUAGGCUCAGGCCCCAUGCAGCUAGAGUUGUGGCGUUCAGCUACCUGUGUGGGUUUGGUGGAAUGAAGAUGGAGCCCUAGUACUGGAAAGGUGCAGUGGCUACUGGCCUGCAGAGCAAGGCACACAGCAGAGGUGGCUCUGGCCUCAAUGGUGCCAUGCUGCAGCGAGUUGGUCUAUAGGUGGGUGAGGGAUGGAGUGCGCACCUUAUUUUCAUGAUCUGGAGUAAUGCAACUGCUUGAAUUCCAGCAGCUCUCCACCUUGACUCAGGGCUUGCUAGGACUGUGGGAUUCUUCUGUGGUAAGGACUGUAGGUGUUUGUGGUGGCAGUGAAAGCUGGUGGGGAUCAUCUGCUUACCUUUUCCUCGAAACAGGAAGUCCCUCCUCAUUAUGGGAAGAUUUGAUUCAGGUGCAGGAGAUGGCACUGCAGAGGCCAGGAGCCUACACACUGCCCUCCUGGAUUUUCAGUCACUACUCAUGCGUUUCCACUCCCCUGCUGCACUCCACCACUCUCCCUUCAACACACCAGACAACUCUUAGCUGUUCGUUCAUUGCCGUGGUCCUUUCUUGUGGGGGAUACGAGCACCAGAAGUCUCUAAUCAGCCGUCUUGCUUAAUCUUUUAAAUCUACACUUAAUCUUUUAAUUUGCUUGUUGUUCCCUUCCUCCCAUGUUACAGUGACUUUUUAUAAACCCCUAUAGGUUUAAUCAAUGUACUGAAAUUAAAAAACGAAAGCAUUAAGACAUAGUAUUUAUCAGUUAAUAAAAUGUAUCAAUUAUUCUUGGCCAUGCUGACAGUUUGUCUACUUUUUGUUUCUUAAACCAGAGCCAUAUUGUGGUGCUUUGCAAUCAUUUAUUUGGUGUCACUGCAGUGGAAUCUGAAAGAGUCCGUUCCCUGGCAUUCCAUUUUGAUACAGUUUCAUGUAUUCCUGAUAUACUCUUAAUAUUGACAGGUUGAAGAGAUGAGGAGCAUUGUUUGACUUGUGCUACUUUUGUAAUUUGUUGUAUAUGUGGGAGUAUCCUGAAAGAAAAUAUGAAUUAAAUAAAUUAUCAGAUAUAAUGUAUUUUUAGAAAAGAACUCUCAAUAGAAUCGUUUUUUUUCUUUUCUUUUUUUUGAGACAGGGUCUCACUCUGUCCCCCAGGCUGGAGUACAGUGGCACGAUCUCAGCUCACUGCAACCUCUGUCUCCCAGAGCUCAAGCAAUCCUCCCACCUCUGCCUCCCGAGUAGCUGGGACAGGCAUGUGCCACCACACCCAGCUAAUUUUUGUAUGUUUAGUAGAGACGGAGUUUCACCAUGUCGUCCAGUUAAUAAAUCAUGCUUUGAGAGAACUCAUGGAAAUAGAAGAAGUGAGUGAAAAUGUAUUACAAGUUCACUUAAACGGACUGCUGCAGAUCAAUGAUAAAAUUGCCCUAAAGGAAAUCACAAGGCAGUUAAAUCUGGAAAAUGUAGUUGGAGAUAAAGUUUUUGGAAGCUUUGCUGAAAACUUUUCAUUUCUUCUGGAAGCUUUAAAAAAAGGUGACCGAACUAGCAGUUGCCCAGUGAUCUUCAUAUUAGAUGAAUUUGAUCUUUUUGCUCAUCAUAAAAACCAAACACUUCUCUAUAAUCUUUUUGACAUUUCUCAGUCUGCACAGACCCCAAUAGCAGUUAUUGGUCUUACAUGUAGAUUGUAUGUUAAAAUAUUUAAAGAACAGUUAUCUCUACCUGCAGAAUUUCCAGACAAGCUUUUUGCUGAGAAGUGGAAUGAGAAUGUUCAGUGUCUCUCAGAAGAGAGAAGUGUGCAGGAAGUACUACAGAAGCAUUUCAAUAUCAGCAAAAACCUGCGGUCAUUACACAUGCUGUUGAUGCUUUCUUUAAAUCGAGUAACAGCAUCACACCCAUUUAUGACUGCUAUAGAUCUAAUGGAAGCAAGCCAGCUGUGUAGCAUGGACUCAAAAGCAAAUAUUGUACAUGGUCUAUCAGUCUUGGAAAUCUGUCUUAUAAUAGCAAUGAAACAUUUAAAUGACAUCUAUGAGGAGGAGCCAUUUAAUUUUCAAAUGGUCUAUAAUGAGUUUCAGAAGUUUGUUCAAAGAAAAGCGCAUUCUGUUUAUAAUUUUGAAAAACCUGUUGUCAUGAAGGCUUUUGAACACUUGCAACAAUUAGAAUUAAUAAAGCCCGUGGAAAGAACUUCAGGAAAUUCACAGAGAGAGUACCAGCUGAUGAAACUGCUUUUGGAUAAUACUCAAAUUAUGAAUGCUCUGCAGAAAUAUCCCAACUGUCCUACAGAUGUGAGGCAGUGGGCAACAUCCUCUCUCAGCUGGUUAUGAAUAUCACCAGUGACUUCAACUUUGGCACUUCAUUCAUACUUCUCUAGAGAAUGAAAAACCAUUGUCCUUUAACAUGAUAUGCUAAACAUUUUAUAAAUAUUUUUGUACUUAUGUGAGA